CAGAUACUUCGCUGAGCUGGAACAUGCUGGCAACAAACCUGCCCCAGCAGACUGGAAAACUCCCUACUUUUAAUCACUGGGAGAGCUAAAACCAGCAAUGUGCUGCUGCCGAUUUUUCCCUGCGGAGAAAACUGUUUGAUGCCUGCGAGGCUUGAAGCUCACUUUCUUACACAGGAAAAAGCAGUGUGUGACUGACAUAAAACUCACUGUAAAUGCAUAAUUUUUUUUAUGUUUCCACUUGUAAAAGUGACCAAAGAAAAGUCCAGCUUGAUUCCACCCCAUAUGCACAGCAGCAGCUUGGAAGGACUUGUUUUCCUUUUUCUUUUUUUUUUUCCUCCUUUUUUUUUCUCUUUUUAACCUGUGCUCUAUCAGGUCCAUAAUCAGUUGUGAAUUCAACUCCUUUGCUGACAAUGAAUACCACACACUCUGCAUUUUCAUUUCAGCCUGUGCAGCUUAAUGUCACCGAAGACUUCAACGACUCCACUCUGAACAGCAGAAGUGGCGAUGGAUUUUGUGAGCAGGUCUUCAUAAAAGCAGAGGUCUUCUUGACUUUAGGGAUCAUCAGCCUCCUGGAAAACAUCCUUGUCAUUCUUGCAGUGCUGAAGAAUGGAAACCUACAUUCUCCCAUGUAUUUCUUCCUUUGUAGCUUGGCUGUGGCAGAUAUGUUGGUGAGCAUGUCAAACGCCCUGGAGACUGUCAUGAUUGCAAUCCUGAGCAACGGCUACUUGAUCAUUGAUGACCACUUCAUCCAGCAUAUGGACAAUGUUUUUGACUCAAUGAUUUGUAUUUCUUUGGUAGCCUCAAUUUGCAACCUCUUGGUUAUAGCCAUUGACAGGUACAUCACUAUUUUCUAUGCUCUCCGUUACCACAGCAUCAUGACUGUGAAGAAAGCUUUAACCUUGAUUGUGGUCAUUUGGAUUGCUUGUAUCAUCUGUGGCAUCAUAUUCAUUGCCUACUCAGAGAGCAAAACUGUCAUUGUGUGUCUCAUCACCAUGUUCUUUACCAUGCUCUUCCUCAUGGCCUCCCUCUAUGUCCACAUGUUCCUGUUCGCCCGCCUGCACGUGAAGCGAAUCGCAGCCCUGCCCGUGGAAGGGGUGCCCUACCAGAGGACCUGCAUGAAGGGAGCUGUCACCAUCACCAUAUUGCUGGGUGUCUUCAUUGUCUGCUGGGCACCUUUCUUCCUCCACCUCAUCCUCAUCAUUUCGUGCCCGAUGAAUCCAUACUGCAUCUGCUACACCUCACACUUCAACACCUACCUGGUGUUGAUAAUGUGCAAUUCGGUGAUUGACCCACUCAUUUAUGCUUUCCGGAGUCUGGAGAUGAGAAAGACAUUCAAAGAAAUAGUGUGUUGUUGUUAUGGCAUGAGUGUGGGACAGUGCAUGCUAUAAACCUCUGGCUUUGGGUGGAAAAUGCCCACAAUAGGUGUAUGCAUAUAUAUGUAUGUAUUAUCAAGAUACACAGCAGCUCACUUUUAAUGCAGUGCCUGAAGGAAGGGUGCAGGAAAGAAAAAUGCCUUCUACAUGAUGCCUUGUUUCAUACUUUUCAGAAUGAGAAACAGUUUCAACAGAAUUAUAUGAAGUUUUUUAAAUAGCUAUAACAGAAGGAAAUCCAGAGUGGCUUAAAAAUAGCUUAAGAAACUUACUGGGGAAAAACAAAUCCUGAAAGGGAAUACUAUCUUCUAGAGAUUGAAAUAAUGUUCUCUCUACCAUUCAUUUGUGCCUGUUGCUUUAUCUUUGUGUCAUCACCACCAAGUCAGUGGUUUCUAAAAGAUUCGAUUAGUCAUCUCUGUGGAAAGGUAUUCAAAACCUAACAGGUAACAACAUUGUUCCACACCUACUCCCAUGCCUCCACCUUUUAAUGAAAGAACAGACUGAUAUUUAUGCUGUUUGCUAUAAAGCAACCCGAGUACAAUUUUUGAAGGGUGAAACUAAACAUUUCUCUUGCACUGAGAUCAGUCAAAUUAAAAGGAAUCACAGUAUCAGUGACAGUGUAAUUUAAACAGCUGCCUGAUAGGAUUGACUCAGAUGAAGGCUUUUACAUUAUUUAUUGUGAUAUAGGAGUAUUAUAUCCUUGAAUAUUUAAUUAUUUUUCUAAGCUGGAAUGCACUGAUUAAUGUAGUGUUUGGUCUGUCCAUAAAAAGUCACAGAAACCUCCUUUUGAGAAACCAUCACUAAUGAGACCCACAGAUCUGACCAUCAGGAAUAGCUAAAAUUCAAAAUAAUUUUAAUCUAGCUUUGUGUAAAAGCUGCAUGGAGUCAUUAGAAAU